AUGUGCAUCGUGCGCGUGCGCCGCAACCACCUGGUGGAGGACGCCCUGGACGAGAUCGCGCGGCAGUACAGGCGGGACCUCUUCAAGCCACUACGGGUGCACUUCAUCGGAGAGGAGGGCAUCGACGCAGGCGGCGUCAAGAAGGAGUUCUUCCAGCUGCUGGUGGCUGAGCUGCUGUCCCCGGACUACGGCAUGCUGGUCUACCAGCCUGAGUCCCACACCUACUGGUUCAACGCGUGCAGCCUGGAGGGCGAGGAGCAGUUCAUGCUGCUGGGGCUGGUGCUGGGGCUGGCCAUAUACAACCGCGUGCUGCUGGACUUUCCCCUGCCGCUGGCGCUCUAUAAGAAGCUGCUGCAGCAGUCUGUCGGCCUGCGGGACCUGGAGGACAUGCAGCCCACACUCGGCCGCAGCCUCAGACAGCUGCUGCAGUACGAGGGGCCUGACAGUGUGGAGGACACCUUCUGCCUCACCUUCAGCGUGGAGAUGGACUUUUUCGGGGACCUCAGGACAAUCAGCCUGAAGCCUGGUGGCGAGGACCUGCCCGUGACUGAGGAGACCCGCCACGAGUACGUGGACCUCAUGGUGGACUACCUCCUCAACAGGUCCAUCCACCGCCAGUUUGAGGCGUUCUUCCACGGGUUCCGCAUCCUGUGCGACGGCCCCGCCAUACGCCUCUUCAACGCCUGCGAGGUCGAGCGGCUGGUCUGCGGCAACCCCAACCUGGACUUCGCCGCGCUGGAGCGCAACGCCAAGUACGAGGGCGGCUUCUCGGCGGCUUCCACGGCGGUGCAGUGGCUCUGGGGCAUCGUGCGGGACGAGCUCAGCUUCGAUGAGAAGAAGAUGUACCUCAAAUUCUUCACAGGCAGCGACAGGUCCCCCAUCGGCGGCCUGGGCAGCCUCAAGUGCGUCAUCCAGCGCGACGGCCCCGACUCGUCGAAGCUGCCCACCUCCCACACCUGCUUCAACACGCUGCUGCUGCCGGAGUACGCGACAAGAGAGAAGAUGGCCGACCGCCUGCGGCUCGCCAUACUCAACGCGGAGGGCUUCGGCCUUGAGUAG